AAUGCCUACUAAAAUUCUAGAGGAAGUCUUUGGUGCAUUGCAUAAUGGAGAAACCAUAAUAAAGAAGUAUACACUACAAAACGAGUCUAUUGAGGUUUCUAUAAUAAAUUAUGGAGCAACAAUAACGUCCAUUAAAGUACCUGAUGCACAUGGUAUUAAAGGUGAUGUUGUCUUAGGAUACGAUACGUUAGAAGAGUAUACGAAGAAUAUACCAUAUAUCGGUUGCACAAUUGGAAGAUUCGCUAAUCGGAUUGCCAAUGCAAAAUUUUAUUGUGACGGAGUCCUUUACGAUAAACUUUACGCUAAUGACGGCCCUAAUACCUUGCACGGCGGGAAAGAAGGAUUUAAUAAGAAAAUCUAUACUACUGUAGUGGACGAUUCGGCAGUGACAAUGACUUACAAAUCGGUUGAUGGCGAAGAAGGUUUCCCUGGAAAUUUGACCCUUAACGUUAAAUAUUCACUAACCGAUAAUAACGGUUUAAAGAUUGAUUAUAACGCAACAACGGAUAAGGCAACUCCUUGCAAUAUUACAAAUCACUCUUACUUUAACCUUAGCGGCAUGAAAGAGAAAGAUGUUUAUAAUCAUAGCGUUCAAAUUUUAUGCGACGAGUAUACGCCUGCCGUAAAUAAUAUACCAACUGGUCAAAUAGUCCAAGUAACCGGACCUUUUGAUCUAAGGAAACCAAAGUUAAUGGGUGAUAUGAUAAAAGAAUUGCCUGAACUAAACGGUUACGACAAUAAUUAUUGCGUUAAAGGUUGGAAAGAAAUUAAAAGAGAUAUUCAACUAGUUGCACGCGUUCGUCAUAACGAAAGUGGACGUCGUAUGAAUGUCUAUACAACGCAGGCAGGUUUACAAUUUUAUACAGGAAAUCACCUGGAUAAUGUUGGAAAAAAUCAUGAAAAAGCCGUUGAGAAAAUGCUUGGAAAACUGUAUAACCGACUAAGAUCAUCAAAAACUGAUAGAGUUGAACCAUUUAAGGAUAGUUCAGAUGAUAAGCAGAAACCUAGACGUCAACUACCGAAAACUCCGGAAGAAACUACCCGUCCCAUGGGAGCUUGGAGCUCAAUAAAAGUUAAGAAAGUUGCGAGAAGUAGCUGGCAGAGGGAAGAAGAUGUUAUUAGAACAUUAAUAUCUCAACAGGAUUAUCAAGUUAUUCAGAGUAGACCUAUAAGUACUGAAAAGAAGCUAAUUGAUAAUUGUGAGAUAACUGUGUCUGUUACGGGCGAAUCGCCCAAAACGAGGAAAGAUGCAAGAACCAUUGAACAUCAACAUUUUAAAAAACAUAAAAAAUAUCGGGAUAAAGUUCACGUUGAUGUAAAUUUACCAACAAUUAAUGAAGAUAAGACAAGUAUUGUUACGGAUACGAAAAACAGUGAUAACGUUCAAGAAGAUAGUAAUACAAGUAAUAAUGAAACACUUAAGAAAGAUGCGCCAAUAAUGAAUGGUCAUGUUGAAAGGAUUUCUACCGCUACUGAACCUCCAAAACCUGCAAAGCCCAGAACUUUCGAUGAUAUAGAUUGGAAUUACAGUUAUCUGUCUAACAGUAACCGGAAAGAUCCCAACGCUAAGCGUCCGGCUUUGAAUGAUAUUGUCAAAAAUCAGGAAGAUGAAUUUCAUUCCGAACCAACGUUAGAACUACUCCCCGGUACAGUCGAGGUUCCCCAAACCGUUAAAACAACUAGCAUACUAGAAGAACGAGGAAGAUCACGAGAUAGGCAUCGACAAGUUAGAAUAGCUCCCAAUCCAAGCAACUCCAGUCCGAAGCGGAGUGUUGUAGACCCACGACGCAGCGCAAUGAGCCCCACUCGAACUGCAAUGAGUCCGGAUCGUAGUUUCAAUAAUCCUAUAAAAUCAGAAGCAAGUCCGGAUAGAUAUCAAGCCCCACCAAGCCGAGAGCAGGUAAGAAGAGACACGGAAGAAACAGUCAAAAAGGCUUUAUCUAUAAUGAAAAAUCGUAAAUCAUCAGCAACGAAGCAAACUAAAUCAGUGAAGGAACAGGAGAGAGUACCUGUUCUUAAAAGACCGAAAGCUGCUAAGUUAACCAAACGCUCUCGUAGUUUGACUAACAAUAAAGUUGCCGAUUGUUCAUCCCUUAGAACAAAUCACACUAGCUAUACUUCAAUGGAUAAUUUGCGAUCUUUAUCUAGGGACGUUGAAAACGUUCGAGCUACAGGACCAACUGGUUCUGUUGUUAAAUUACCGGAAAGUAAACAAAAGACUAGGCCGAUGAGCGCUCCUGUGACUCCUAGAACUAUGAUGACUAAUGAACGGAAGCUAUCAGAAAAAGUUCAGAAGAAUAUAGACAAUGUCCGUGCAAUGCCCGAAAGCGUACAUCCACGAGAGGUGGAAAAUCGUUUAACCCAUCUUACUAAACAAAUUCGAUUUACUCCUAUUCUCAGGAUUUCUGAACCCUCUUUAACAAAUAGACCUAAGAGUGAACCCGCAAAGAAUCUAAGUUCUACAAAUAGGAGAAUACUACCAAGACCUCCUACGAAAUCAGCAAACGAGAACAGUUCCAGUUCCUACCAGAGAAGGCGAGUAUUACCCUCCACACCGGAAAAAAAUUUACAAAUUAGAUCUCAACCAACAACACCAACGUAUGAACUGCAAUCAUCUACCAGGGAUUUUUCCACUCGAAGACUAGUUCGACCAUCCACUUCGAAUCACAACAAUCAGGAAGUUUGUGAAAAACGUCUUAAAUUAGAAGAUUUGACUCCGUUAUUAAAUUAUUUGAAACUAGUACGAGAUUGCCCUAGAGAAUACGUAAAAAUUAAACAAGCGGCUAGAAAUCAUAGCGGAUUACAGGGUAUUACUUUUCAAACGAGCAAUUUGGCCUAUAUUGAUACUAAUAGUCUCGUCGUUCAAGCCGCUUACGAAGUCGGUAGUCAAAGACAAAGUUCAGCAACUCUUAGAAAGUAUCCUGACAAUCGUAAAAUAUCUUAUCAUUCGCAGCAAUUCUCCGAUCAGAGUCAAGAUUUAUCAAAUUUGGAAAGGGCAAAAUCUAUUGCUGAAAUGUGGUUGAAUGGACUUAGUUCCGCUCAGGCAAUCAGGGCUAAGGAUUUAGCUUUGGAAAAACUUAGUCAAUCUGACAAAUCAGUUCGUGAAACUGAAAAAUUUUGCAGAUAUUUUAAAGCAGUAUCAUCUCAUUAA